AUAUCCACUGAAGACGUCUUCUCUUUGUUGCUAAUCUUUAGUUGACGUUACUAAAGUUGAACAUGCGAACCAAUAAUGCUCACCUGUACUCGUAAUGGUCGUCACUGUACCUGUUGGAAUAGUAGAUCUGGUUCCGAGACAUAUUUACAGGAAAAAAAAUCAGGUUAAUUAUUAGAAAAGUUUUACGAGAAACUGGGGUUGUAGAAUAACAACAAGUGCCCACCUGUAGCUCAUUCCGUGCAGAUUGCUCAAAGGUAUUGAUUGGACGACUUCUGUCAUGUGACCAGAAUUUCCCUCUUUAGCGUAGUUCUCGAGCCGUCAUCAAAGUACAGAAAAACAAAUAAGAAGAAAAGAAUUAUGGAGAAUGAAUAUGAGACUGGGGAAUAUAAAAAUUGAUUGGUUCUAGUGUGCUGUAAGUGGGAGGUUUUUUUUUCCCUCUCCCUCCAACAGGAAGUGAUUUGCAGUGUUCAGCAAGCCUUUUGUUGAGAAGGUUUUCUCAGAUCAGUGAGUCAUGCUUUAGCUCUGAGCCGGCAGGCAGGCAGCAGUCAGUAGAGGGUAUUUGCUCUUCCCUUGCAGUGUCCGUGAUCAUCAACAACACAGAUCUUUUUCUGUUCUUAACUUUUUGGAUUUUGAGCUAGGAAUCAGCAGCAGCGUCACCGCUGGAAACUAAAAGCUGCACCACAACACUGGAAGCCUUUUAGAGACCUUUCCAUCCUUUCCCCCCCUCCCUCUGCUUCAGUGUUGUUUCCGUGGAUUGUGUCUGUAUAUUUUUCCUCUGACGGAUUGGAUUGCAGCUCUGGAUUUUACAGAGAGCAGAUUGGACUUUGGCGACAACAGCAGCAGCAGCAGCAGCAGCAGCAGCUCAACACAACCACCACUGUAACCUCAAUAGAGAAAAUUACAGUCAGGUGGCCUGUGAUUGCUAAAAAGGCGUUUGCUGCCUACCGUUGCUGCUAUGUUACAGGAGAGGGUAAUCAGCACCGCUCAGCCACGUCUGCCAGCACGCUUGUGAACGAGGCAGGCUGUGCGUGUUGGUUGGUGGAGAGAGGGGAGAGAGCAAAGAGAGAGAAGGGUAUGCUUCACCGUACCAAAUACAACCGCUUCAGAAAUGAGUCAGUAACAUCCGUCGAUGAGCUUCUUCACGGCCUGUCCAUGAACCCCAAGGUCUCGGCCACCCCCCAGUCUGCAGCCGAGACGUCUUACACACCCCCGACUGAGGUUCAGCCCUCCUCCGCCACCGCUCCUUCCAGCAACCCCACCGGCCAUGGCUCUGACCACCUGGAAGAUGGAGGCACCACCCUCUGUACGCUCAUCAACAAGGUGUCCGGCCUGAAAUUCAGCAACUCCGGCAGCUUGCUCGGCAUAAAGGGUCUGCCCUCGGCCGUUAAGGACCUGGCUGUGUCAAAGCUGCAGGGGGGUGGGGGAUCAGGCUCAGGCUGCUCCAGUGGCCCGAGUCCCAGCGCAGCUACAGCGGCAGCCUCUGGUGCGGGUGUCUCUCUGUGCAGUUCGGCCUCCCAUUCAACCCCCUGUUCACAGCUGGAGCCAUCUGUCAGCAUGAGCAAGAAGAGCAGGCUGGAUGAGCACCAGCCCAGCGGAGAGGACUGGAAUCCAGGUGGAGGCGGUGGACUGGUGAGCAAACCCUCCAAAGGAUGGCUAGACUCAAACGAGAAGAUCUCUGGUCCCGGAGUCACAUACAUUGUUAAGUAUCUGGGCUGUAUAGAAGUCCUGAGGUCGAUGAGAUCCCUGGAUUUCACUACAAGGUCACAAAUAACAAGGGAAGCCAUCAGCCUGGUGUGUGAGGCUGUUCCAGGGACCAAAGGAGCUCUGCGGAAGAGAAAGCCACCAUCCAAAGCUCUGUCCAGUAUUUUGGGGAAGAGCAAUCUGCAGUUUGCCGGCAUGUCCAUCAACCUCAACAUCUCCACAAGUAGCCUCAACCUGAUGACCCCUGACUGCAAACAGAUUAUAGCCAACCAUCACAUGCAGUCCAUUUCCUUUGCAUCAGGUGGAGACCCUGAUACAACAGAUUAUGUUGCCUAUGUAGCAAAGGACCCAGUUAACAGAAGAGCGUGCCACAUCUUGGAGUGCUCUGAUGGACUAGCCCAGAACGUCAUCAGUACCAUCGGCCAGGCCUUUGACCUUCGCUUCCAGCAGUACCUGCAGUGUCCCUCAAGCAAGCUGUCGUCCACACAUGACAGGGUAUUAAACAUGGAGGAGUUACCUUGGACGGAGGAAGAGGAGGAGUCAGCAGAGCACCCUUACUAUAACAACAUCCCCGGGAAGAUGCCUCCCCCUGGAGGCUUCAUUGACACCAGGCUGACCAAUCAAAAUGCAGAUGGUUGCCAGAUGGGUCCAGGAUCUGUCGAUCAGACAUAUUACCAAGGGCGGCAAAGCUGGGGAGAUGAAAGAAAGACUUUCUUCAUGCAACAGGGAUCAUUUGAUAUAAGUGGACUCCCAGAGACUAAAGGUCAAGCACCAAAUGCAGAAGAAAUGCCCACCUAUGUGAACACCCAGCAGAUCGAUGCCCAGGUGCUCGCAGCUCUCCAGGCAGAGGCUGAAAAUGUGACAAAGGGCAUGGCAGCUGCAGCCAAAGAGAGCCCACAGAAGGACCUGUUUGAUAUGAAGCCCUUCGAAGAUGCAAUCCAGUCCCAGUCCCAGCCGCUGUCUCAGGGACAGGCCCAGUCCCAAGUAUCCGGUCUUCACAAGGCAGCAUCCGUGGACAACUCGAGCCCUCUGCUUGUGCGCUCUCUGGCCUUCCGGGCUCAGGAGGAGCUGGAGGGCCAAAUGUGGUACCACGGUAAAAUGAGUCGCCGCGAUGCUGAAAAACUUCUGAAAAAUGAUGGGGACUUUCUCGUCCGUAAGAGCACUACCAACCCAGGGUCCUACGUACUGACAGGCAUGCACAAUGGAAUUGCCAAACACCUGCUGCUGGUGGACCCUGAAGGCACGGUACGGACAAAAGAUCACAUAUUUGACAGCAUUAGCCACCUUAUUGGCCAUCACCGUGACAACAACCUGCCGAUUGUUUCAGCCGGGAGUGAACUGUGUCUCCUACAGCCUGUGGGAAGGAAACAGUGAUGCUUGCGAUGCCUGACCGAUAAUAGGAAGCGCUAAAGUGGCCUCUCACUACGGAGCUUGAAGAUGAAACAUGAGUCGAUGCUUCAAGGCUCAGUUCGCUCAAAGAGUUAUUGAGACAAACUGAUCUGCAGUUACUUAACCGGAGACGCUGGAAGAUGCAGGAGUUGUUAAAGAUGAAAAAAAAAAACAAUAGAGAACUGUUAUUAUUUUGUUGUGAUGACUGAAAUGCUAUAUUUUUGACAAGACUUAGGUGCAUUUGGACACAAUAUCUCGAUUUGGUGUUUUAAAAGAUUAAGAAAAAGACUAUUGUUCUUGUAGUUUAGACAAAGCGCAAAUCAAACCUCAAAGAGGUAUUAACAAGAGUAUUUUAGAAUAAAAAUCUGAAACUUUAGUUUUGUCUGUCAAGCACACCACAUUUCUACAGGAACCGUCGGCUAAGAGGUUGAGGAAACGGAAACGCUCUUUAUAACGAAAUUACGUUCAGAAAAACGUCCUUUAAUCUCACCAACAACGUGACAGCUUAUUCGAUUAGUCACUAUAAGAAAAACCUAGCUUUUAUCGGGGUUUAGGCCUGAAUGUGUUUUUUUCUUUUCUUUUCUUUUCUUUUGCUUUGCAGUUGUCACAAAUUGUUGGGUGGGGGGAGGGGGUGCAAACAGCCACCCUUUCACAGUGCUGUCAAUGGCUUUAACAAUAACGUUUUUUAUGAAGUAUUUUCUCGUGUCACUGCAGUCGCAUGACUUAAAAUCAACCGUUCUCGUGGCCAUGUUCGUAGACCUUGAUACCCCUUUAUUUGAAAGAGGUGCUUAUGUAUGCUGACACUGUAAAAAAAUAAAAAAGACAAAAAAUAUAUGCUUUUCAAACUAUUUCCGAAUUGGUUUUUCGCUGAAUUAUUUUAGGUGUGUAGUCGGUGAUUAGUUUUGGGGCUUGCAAUGGAUAUUCUCACAUCUUUGAUUCACAUUUUCAGCUUUUUGUGAACCUUUAAAAUCUUAAAUAUUAUUAUUACUAUUAUUAUUUGAAGGAUCUGAAACCAAUAGCACAAAACAAAGUUAGGUCACUUAGUUCACGCGUGUCAGACGAGUGUCUUGCGUUUACGCCAAAUGUUUUCGAUCGUUUUCAGUUACUGUUAGCUUUUGAUUUCUCAGUGUCGACAUCUUAUGAUUAAAAGCAGUUUUGCCACAAGAUGUCACCCUAGAGUUGGAUAGUUAACCCUGUCAGUUGCAUCUGCUUUGGAUAACACUGCGUUUGAAAGGAAAAUACAGCUUUUAAGCCAGUUUUUAACCAUUAAUUUUCAGUUUGCAAUCCACUGUAUGCUCUCAUUCCUCUGGACAGUUUAGUAUUUAUGUUGUUUUUAAAAAGCUCAUAGAAGUGGUACACAGCAGCACUGGAAACUGACUUUUUUUUCUUUUAUUUAAUGCUUUUAUCCUUACUAAUGUCAGGACACCGAUGGAUACCAAAUGAAUGGGGCAUUGUAUCUGAUAUGCACUGGAUCACUUCAGUUGAACCCAAAUCAGCAUGUGUUCAAUGAGUUUGACAAGACAGAUGCAAUGUAAUAUAAUGUGCCUGUGUUUUGCUGCAAGAGGGAGUGUACAGUACAUGCAUCUCACAACCCACAGCACUGGGGUCCUUAUGAAAAUGUAAAAAAACAACAACAACAACAAAAGAAACAUCCACCACAUCCGUUUUGGGUUAAUGUGUUUGAUUCAUUGUGUCCCAAUGGAGAAGGACACAAAGAGAAUUUUGUCAUUUACUUUUGCAUUCUCCACUUCUUUGCGACAUAAUUUCAUCAAAUCAAGUAACUCUGAAGAAAGAAUAAUGUGCUAAAUUAUUUAAAAGCACUCUGCUAAUGUAAAAAAAAGAAGCUUUAUUCCUAAAAUCUGAAUUUGUAGGAACACAAAAUUCCAAACAAACAAAGCGUAUAUCAAAAGCAACCGUACUCGAAUCUCGCCGAGGAUCAGCUUUGAGACUUAAAGAAAUGACCAAACUCCUCACUGGGACAAAAACUAAGAACAUGGCGUCUUUCCAGAUUUCUGUUGAUGAAAAUGUGCCUUUUAUUUGUACGAUGUUUGUUUUUAAUUUCUCCUUUCUCUCUUCCUUCAAAGUGCAAUAGCUGAUCUUCAAUGGGGCAUGCCUGUUCACUAGAGGUUGUGUUUUUGCCCUGCUGCGUGUUGCUGCUUGAGACUACUGUUCCCUCUCACUAUCUGUCUCCCACCCUCCCUCCUUCCCUCUCUAUUAUAUAUUAUAAAUGUAUCAUUUCGAGAUUCUAAAUAUAAAUCUUUGUCAGAGGAAAUCACACAGAAACUCACUAUUUUGGGACAGGUAUUUAAAAAAACUGGGGGGAAAAAAGGAAAUAAAAACAUAGAGACAACAAGUCCAAAUGAUGUUUACAGAUUUAAUCUUUUGGUUGUAUUAGUUAAUCAUUAUUCUGUAUGACUGUUGGCAAUAAAACCGUGAAUGUGUA